AUGGUUAGUGAUGAGGAUGCAAGUUUCUGUAAGCAAAUUUGGAAACUUAAGAUUCCUCCUAACUGGAAAAUUUUCCUAUGGAAGCUCAUGUACGAUGGAAUUGCAGUCAAAGGGAACCUAGAGAGAAGGGGGAUUGAUACAAAUCCCAGUUGUGACUAUUGUGGGAGUGGAAGUGAGGACUCCCAACACUUGUUUAGAUUCUGUAAUUUAGCAAAACUGGUGUGGAUGUACAGUCCUUUGCAGAUUUGCUCAAAUGAUGAUGAAACUGUUUCUCUGAAGAAAUGGAUUCAAAGCUAUAUCCUGCUUUUUAAUAGCAAGGAUGGAGGAAGUGAGGCAAAGUUAGAUGCCUUUAUAUCAAUCUUGUGGAGCUUAUGGGUGACAAGGAAUGAAAGGGUCUUUAGAAAUGAAAGCAAACAUGUACGAGCAGUUCUCUUGACCAUGGACAGAAUGUUAGGAAUGACAAAACACUUCAAAGAGUGUACCCUAGCUACUGGGAAAAACAUGAUGAAUAUAUGUAAGCCUCCAGGGUUUGACUUGGUCCAACUUGGAGCUGUUCGAAAUCAAGUGGCAGACUUUAUACUACAGAUUGAUGGUUCUUGGGAGAAGACAAGGAAAUCAGGAGGAGGAUGGGCUUUUAAGGAACAUAGUAAUGCUAGGUAUAGAGAAGGGGGUGGCUACUAUGGUAGUGCUCUCUCAGCUACACAAGUUGAAACAGAGGUGUGUCUCAAAGCAAUGGAAUGGGCAGAAAGACAAGGCAAAAAGGAAAUCUUGGUCAUUACUGACUCCUCCGUUCUAGUCUCCACUCUUGAUAACAUAGAAAUUGCAGAUAUCUCAAUGUUUUGGAUGGAGGUUCUACAGGUGGUUGCCGUUGGUUUUGGGUGGUUGCAUGUAUUUUGGACCUUUGGUGGUUUUAGGGUGCGAGAAUGGCAGGUCAGCAAUAGGUUGGUUGGUUUCGGGUGGCUGGUACUGGUGGAUAAGGGUGGUGGAGUAUGCGAGUCAGCAUUAGCGUGA